UCACUCAGUCCCAGAAACAAAAUGGCCGACCACAUCGACUGAAAAAGUUAUUCAAGAAUUUCUCGACUCCUUCGAUAGGAAGCCCUUAAAAAUACGCAAUGGCCAAUUUAAUAAUUCGCGUUCAGUCUUGUGAAGGUACAAUUCGCGUCAAAACCUCUUCUGGUGAAACUUUGUCCACAUUUCUGUCCAAGGUCGCUGAACAGUUAUCUAUACCAAAAAGAGGGUGGUCAGUUUACACAGACAGAAGCAAAUCCACAAGAAUUGAAAGCUCCUCUAGAAAGACUGUGGCAUCAGUUCCUCUGAAACAUGGAGAUAUGGUCUAUUUAUUCAAAACUGGAGCAGGAGUCUCAAAUGUCACAUCAGAGGUGUCAUUGCAAGAUACCAAGCCUGAGAACCAGGUUGAAGAGGAUGAGAUAGACGUGUUGCUGUCUAAACAAGAUGGUCUCAUUCACAGGAAGAGAGAUCCUCACAUGUGUCACCAUGGCGACAACAGCAAAUGUGUGCACUGUGUCCCUCUAGAGCCAUAUGAUGAAACAUAUCUCAAGGAACAUGACCCACCAAUUAAGCACAUGUCAUUACAUGCAUACUUCAAGAAAUGGUCACAUGGCAUUGAUAAGGGCAAAUUCACAAUGUUGAAGGACAUCAGCUGUAAAAUCAAAGAGGGCUGUGCAGAGCACCCCCCUUGGCCUGGUGGUAUAUGUACCAAGUGUCAACCAACAGCUAUCACACUUAAGAGACAGGAUUACAGGCAUGUGGAUAACAUCUUGUUUGAGAACCCAUCAAUAGUUCAACCUUUCCUGGACUACUGGAGACGGACUGGAAAUCAGAGGUUGGGGUUCCUGUAUGGCCGGUACGAGGAGCACAAGGAUGUACCACUUGGAAUACGAGCAGUAGUUGCGGCAAUAUAUGAGCCACCACAGGAGGGUACCCCAGACAGCUUAGAACUCCUCCCAAACCCUAACCUCGACACCGUCAACAAGCUCGCCGCUGACCUUGGUUUGCGUAUCGUGGGCUGGAUCUUCUCAGACCUGGUGCCUGAUGACGUCAAGAAAGGGACUGUCAAGCACUUGCGUGACAUCAACACGCACUUCCUCACGGCCGAGGAGUGCAUCAUGGCAGGGGAUUUUCAGAAUCAAUACGUUUCGCCGUGUCGUUAUGCCUCCUCUGGGAAGUUUGGCUCCAAGUUCGUCACUGUUGUGGUGUCAGGUAAUGACGAGAAUCAGAUAGGCUUCGAUGGCUUUCAGGUGUCCAAUCAGUGCAUGGCUCUUGUGCGGGACGACUGCCUUGUACCAACUCUAGAUGACCCUGGCCUUGGAUACAUACGGGAGUCCUCAAGCGAACAGUAUGUCCCGGAUGUCUUCUACAAGGACACAGAUUCAUAUGGUAACGAGGUGACCCUACUGGCCAGACCCAUGCCCAUCGAGUACCUACUGGUCCAGGUGUCAGCAGCCUUCCCCGUCCAGCCAGUCUACACCUUUUCACCUCCUCCCAGCAAUGGUGCAGUAUUCCCCAUAGAGAACAGAGAGAACAUAGGGGAACUACAGGACUUUGACGCCGUAAGGCGCCACCUGUCUCAAUACCCCCCUGGGAAUUUUUUGUCUGCCAUGUCAAAUUUCCACUUGCUUGUCUUUCUCGCGACAAACGACAUGUUACCGCUAAAGACCCACAUGGAGGAGCUCUGCGCGGCGAUCAAGAACAAGGACACGGAGGCGUGUGACGGCUGGCGUAAAGGGGAGCAGUGGGGGACAGUUGAGCAGAUCAUAGCGGCACACGACAAUGCCAUGCAUACAUUUGUCGGUGGAUUGGACAACCCUCUAAAAAGUGUUUACUCCCUUUCCCCAGCUCCCUCACCUGGACCAUUCACGCACGGCCCCACCGGUGACGUAGACAUGGAAGACAUGACCCAGGCCUCGCGCGUCUCAUCGUGGACGUGCAAGCACUGUACUUUUAUCAAUCACGCGAUGGGCUCGUGCGAGAUGUGCGGACUCCCCCAAGCUUGAGCACUAGACAUUCCUCCUGCCAUUGAAAACGCUGUCACGCUUACUGCGUGACAUAUCUUGGGAUAACAGAUGGCUAUCAUAAAAGGGCUCUGUAGAUUGCGCGACAUUUUUGUCACACUGGAGGGCUCAUUGCGUGACGUAUUAUUAGCAUGGGAUAACAGAAGGCUAUCACGUAAAAGAGCUCUGUGACAGACCAUCAUCAUGGUGUAAUAAUACCAGUCUGUUCUACAACUAUUGUCAAGAGACGGAGAUCGAUCAUGGAGAAACGCCAGUCUCUGUGGUUCACUGUUGACCCUGUCAUUCUGGAGAAACUUGUUGCAGUUGCGUGACGGACCUUGAUCAUAGAGUAACUAAAGUGUCUAACAUCUAAUUUAUCACGUUAGAUAAUUCCAUAGCGUGACAGCACUCGAUCAUGGAGAAACGCAAGUCUCUGCAAUUCACUUUUGACCCUGUCAGGUUGUUGCGUUUGCGUGACGGGGCUUGAUCAUAGAGUAACGCAAGUGUCUGGCAUCUGCUCUAUCACGUAAGAAAAUUCCAUUGCGUGACAGAGCUCAAUGGACCGACUUGGUGUCAGUCGGUGUAUCCCACAGAUAACAAAGAUGUCGCCUUAAAAUAAUAAAUUGCGUCCGAAACAUUACAUAGUCUGUUAAAAUUGAACAAUCCUCGUUGGUAAUCUAUUUAUUGGUAUGCUUUUUGGCGGCCUGGUCUUUUUCUCAAACCAACGCUGGAACUCGUUUUUUUUUACAUUAGUACUUCAAAAAAAAUAACUCCAGGUAUAUGUAGUUUAAUGGAAUUGCUGUAUUUUAUACCAUAUGGCUAUCUGAGAUUUGGCUUGAUGAAUAAGAUUUAAGAUUAUUGUAAUUACCA